UUUUAUUUUCUUUUUUAAUUUUUUUUCCAAUUUUUUUUUCAAAAUUUGAAAUUUUUUCCACCAAAAAAUGCACUCCAUAAGCAUUUUGUGCACUUUAGUCGCAUUAUGCGCCGUGCUGUUGCCAACUUUCGGCAGCAGCAGUGUGGUGAGCAACUGUCCUGCUGGUGCAACAUGCGCGAUAAGUGGCAGCAGCACUACAACCAGCACCACCAGCGCUACGGUAGGCAAAAAUACCGAAAACAACAAACACACUUUCUUGAAAGAGAAACCAAAAGAUCUGCAAACCUGUCAGCGUAAGUCAGCUGAUUUUGAUAAAUGCAUCGUAAAUGCCUAUCAAAAUAUAUUCAGCACCUGGAAGCAAGGUAUCGAUGGCGUACCACAUUCCACACCCAUCGAUCCGUUGUUCGUACAAGAAUUCGAAGUUAUCGAAGAUCGUGAAAACAUUACACCGAUUGCAGUGAAGAUUAAUAAUAUAACAGUAACCGGUUUGAGUGAGGCGAAGGUCAAGAGUGUCAACUUCAAGGAUAAUGAGUACGAUUUCAAAAUGACCUACUUAGUACCGAAAAUACGACUUAACGGUCACUACACCGCCAAAGGACACGUGCUGCUGCUCAAACUCGACACGAGCGGUGAAAUGUUCAUGGAAAUACUUGAAGGCCUCUACACCGUCACGACCAAGGUUAAGUUGGACACUUUGGAAAAUCAUAAAUUUUUCAAUCUGAAGGCGCUACAAUUCAAUGUGGACACCAUAAAGGACUUGAAUUUGCACUUCGACAAUUUGUUCAAGGACAAAGUGUUGAACGAGAAUACGAACGCCGUGUUUAAUGACAGCUGGCGUGUAUUUUUCGACAUAUUCAAGCCGAAAAUCGAAGCGGAAAUCAAUAAAGUACUAUUGGCGCACUUCCGCAGCGUGUUUGCCCAGGUGCCGGCCGAGUUUUUCAUCGCCGACGUUGCAACAGCGGAGGUGGCGUCUGCCGAACAUGACACGUCCACUAGUAGUACUGCACAUAGUCGGAACAUCAAAGAUAUUACGCAUUUGGAAUUGCAGCAGACGCACACCGCACACGGCAGCGGAAAGGCAGAGGAAAAGGAACACAAAUUGCAUUGAAUUUAAUGCUUGAGCGAUUAAAUGGUGGUUAUGCGUCUUGAAUGAAGUAUAUUUCAUUGAUUCGCUUUGAAAAUAACAAUAAAAAUAUACUUUAUAUCUUUGAAUAGUUAAAAAAAAUUUAA